CGCGCGCUCGAGCCGGCGCGCGCUCUGCCGCAACGCACCGGGCUGACUGACGCACGCGCUGCAAGACCAAGACGAGCUUAUAAAUAGAUCAAAGAGAUCAGAAAGAAAGAAAGAAAGAAAGAAAGAAUAAGGAGAAGGAGAAGGCAAAGCCCCAUCAUGAUGUCACUGGAUCUUAACCUGCAGGUGUUAACCAAGGAGCUGUCGGUGUAUCUGGAGAACCAGGUUCGGGUCGGUGGCUUCCUCGGCUCCGGGGUCGGGCUGGCGCUUGCGUUCGGCUUCGGUGCCGCCUAUGCCUGCUACUACUGGACGUCUGUUGCCAAGAAACCAAAGCUUGUAUCUGGAGGGAAGAAGUUUUAUGAGUUUCUGAAGGAGUAUUGCCCUGUGGUGACGGAGACGUAUUAUCCUCCUUUCUGGUGCUGGGAGAGUCGGAUACAAACUCUCCUCCGGCCAUUCGUCACUGCUAAGCCCUGGGUCUCCUACAGGAAUGAGCUUAUCAGAGCACCAGAUGGAGGUCAGAUAUCUCUGGACUGGUUUGAUAAUGAAGACAGCCUCUCUCACCCUGACUCGUCCACUCGCCCCACUGUCCUGCUCCUACCCGGCUUGACUGGAACCAGCCGCGAGUCCUACAUCCUGCACAUGGUGCAGCAGAGCCGAGAGCUCGGAUACAGAUGUGUUGUGUUCAACAACCGAGGCGUCUCUGGUGAGAAACUGCUGACUCCCCGGACGUACUGUGCGGCGAACACGGAGGAUCUGGAGACAGUGAUUGAACACGUCAAUAACACUUACCCAACAUCUCCCAUCAUGGCUGCUGGAGUCUCUAUGGGAGGGAUGAUGCUGGCGAACUAUCUGGGGCGUAAAGGUCAUGCUACGUGCCUGAAGGGUGUGGUCGUGUUCUCAGCUGGCUGGGACGUAUUUGAGUGCACCGCUUCCCUGGAGAAACCUCUCGAUCGCUUUCUUUUCAACUCCUACCUCACCAGCUGCCUUCAGGCCUCCGUACACCGACACAGGCCUGUUCUCGAAAGGAAUUAUGAUAUAGACCAUGUGAUGAAGGCGAAAACCAUCCGAGAGUUCGAUGAACGUUUCACGUCAAAAAUGUUCGGCUACCCGACUAACGACGAUUACUACAGAGACGCCAGCCCCAUCCACAAGCUCAAGUCUGUGCAGGUGCCCAUGUUGUGUCUCAACGCAGCAGACGAUGUUUUCUCACCAAAUCACGCCAUCCCUGUUGAAGCAGUGAAGCAGAACCCAAAUCUGGCGCUCCUCAUCACAUGCCAUGGUGGCCAUAUUGGAUUUUUGGAGGGCUUCUGGCCACGUCACAGCACCUACAUGGACCGAGUUUUUCGGCAGUUCGUCAAGGCGGUUGUUGAAAAUGGAAGCACGCUAAUGGACCUAUCAAGCUAAUACAGCGACAACCCGCUUAGCUACAGUGCCCCCUACACCCAGGGGCAAAAAACAACAACAGCUACAUUUUCUGAUCAAGACUUUUGGUUGUUUAUCUGAUCACAACAUCGCUCGUGGAUUCAGAUCACUCGGCCUCUUCUUUCAUCCAUUUCUUUCACUCUUUAUUAUUUCUUUGUUGAGAUAUGUAGAUACGUACAUGCCCGUGUGUGUAUGUGUGUGUGUGUGUGUGUAUGUGUGAGAGACUCUUAAUUCAGGUGAUCAGAGGUGAUCAAUGUACACCGCCAUCUUACUACUACUGUUGUGAAUUGUGCCGCGCCCUCCAUUCAUGACGCCUUCUUGAUUACAACGGUUCUGAUCAAAACUGGUGAAAACAUGGGCCGGUUCGCUCGCUGGCACCAAGGUUCAAAGAAUCCUGAACAGAACCGGGUCAAGAACCCGUUCCCUGUUGGUGGACAAGGUGUACGUGUGAAAAAAAACCAAACCAAAUGGAAAACACUUCAAGUUUACAAACUCAUCAGUUGGUUCAGACCAGAACAAAGGAACUGUACGUGUGAAAACGCCCUGAGAUCACAUAUCAGACCAUAGUACAUGGCUUUUCAAGAUUUAUUAAAAACCUCAGAGGGCGAGAUGCUA